AGUGCCCACCCAGAGCCCAACCCCCCUGGAUUCCUCGCGGCCUCCUCCCCAUCAAGCGAUCCGCCCUGCACCUCUGCUGGCUUCUCCCACAAUGCGUAGGGGCCAGCUUUGGCUCCUUGUGCCAGCUUCUGCUGCAGCUGGAGCACAGCGGGCAGGAUGCCUUCGACCAAAGACAGUUUCUCGUCCAGGCUUUGCAAAUCCCCCGGCUCCUGCGAAUUGGCCCCGGACCCUGCGCUCCCAUUCGUGUUGAUCGGUCGAUCUCGAGAAGGUGCCAAAGCCAAAUUGAGAUCUUCGCUCGCGCCUUUGCCUUUGAAACCAUUCCUGGAUGCUACGCCGACCACUAGCAGGGAUAGAGGCGGAGGUGACUUUGCUCCGGAUGGCCCGCCGCCCUCUGAAGUCAGCGCAGAGCGGGCAGAGGUGGAGACAGCAGCAGCGGCGGUGUCAUUAGCUGAAGGGAUGCUAUUUCUGCUGCAACUGGGAUGGCAUGAAGCUGCGGCAAGAGAGACAAUGCCAUCCGGAAUGCCACAGUCACGCGUGCUCGAACGCUGGAGUGUAACGCGAGGGCGGCGGGAAAUAUGUUGCUGUCAGAGUCUUGUUCUCGUGAAAGCCGACCUGAGACGCUUCAGUCGGUGUCGCGAGUGCUGUCUCGCUCGUCUGGAGCUCAGCAUGCAAGGCACGUUUGAGAUGGUGAAGGCAGCUGCAGCAGCAGCGACUAGCACAUCUAAGCCACGCUCAGCAAGGGGCACGCUUUGGGAUGACGGUGUGACAGGUCAGCGAAGUGAGCGUGGACGUAUGGAGCGAUGAGCGCUGUUCAUCUUGCGACUGCCGAAGGGAGAAGUCGUGGCAGCGAUGGUCAUGUUCGCGCGAACCACAACGGCGGCUCCCGCGUGCUGCCCUCCUUCCAACUUUGACUUUG